AUGGCUACAACAACGAGUUCAACUUGCAAAUGGCUGAAAGAAAUUAUUGAAUACUAUAAAACAAAGUUCAAAGAAGAUGGCCAUACCACACUCACGAUCAAAGGUCAUCACAGUGGUUGGGUUACAGCUGGCCAUCAUGGUAAUAUGGUUGGAGAUGGUCACCACAUAGGCUGGGUUACCAGAGGUCAUCAUAUGGGCGAGGGACCGGGCAGAACUAAUUUUCCAUCAACAAAUCGUGGUGGCAGUGGGAGGGGUAAUUGGUUUAAAAACUCUCAUCACAGUGGUGGUGCAAAUGCAAGAGGCAAAGGUGGUCCUAUUAUCGGCGGCGGUCCAGGAAGUACUAAUUUUCCAUCCACCGUUCAUUACGGUGGUGGAAAAAUUAAAGGCAUUCAGUACGCUGAUAGUACUGAAAGCUGGGGCAAACACUGGUAUCAUGGUGGUGACAGAUUUGGUAAAAACUAUCAUCCUAGUGGUGGUGCUAGUGAUAAAGGAAGAACUGGUUCUGUUAUUGGCGGUGGUCCUAGAGGAAUUCCUGUUCUGACCUCUACUCGUCAUGGUGGUGAUACAGGUAGAGGCGUGAAUCGCGAAAGUAUUAAAGAAACGACGAACAAACAUCGUUAUUAUGGUGGUAAUACGUACGUUGGUAACAAUUACUAUCACACUAGUGGUGGUAGUAGUGAAAGGGGGAGGUCUAGCCCUAUUAUUGGCGGCGGUCCGGAAAUAACUCAUUUACCGUCAACCAUUCUUUUUGUUGGAGGGACAGAUAGUAGGGGUAAAAAAUAUCAUUACAGAAGUGGUGUCAGUGAUGAGGAUAGAAACGGAACUAUUAUUGGCGGUGGCCCCCGAGACACACAUGUAACAUCAACCGUUCUAUACCGCGGUGGGAAAGAUAGAGGUGAACAUCACCUUCUGAACGAUUGGGGUAAAAUACAUCAUCACAGCAGUCGUGUCAGUGAUAGGGCUAGAGAUGGUCUUAUUAUUGGUGGGGGUCCCAAAGAGAGUCGUCUUCCAUCAACUAAUCGUCAAGAUAGUAGUGGAUGGGGUAGAGUUACCCAUUACGCUGAUGUCGGCGAACGGGUCAAAAACCGUUAUCACAGCGGUGGUGCCAAUUAUAGAAGUAGAGAUGGUCCUAAUAUUGGCAGUGGACCCACAAGAACUACCGCCAGUGAUACGAGUAGAGGUGGUCAUAUUAUUGGUGGUGGUCCGAAAAGAACGCAUUUACCUCCAACUAUUUAUCACCGUAGUGGUAUUGGUGUGAUGAGUGAUCAACAAAGUAGUGUAAACGAAUGGCAGAAAAGAGGUUAUCACGGUGUGGCUAGUAGUAGUUGGGGUGGAAGUAAUGGAGAAAUCGGAAAAGGUAGCAAGAUUAUUGGUGGCGUCCCGACAAGAACUCGUUUUUCAACAACUAGUUAUAUUUUUGAGAGUACUCCGAAGUAUAGGAAUAAUUAA